GCGUUAACUAACUUUUGCGUACCUUCAGGUGGAAAAUACGGUCAUAAGCGACCUACCUGCCCACUCCUCAAGUAACAUAUACCCCACCAUCGCCAAACCAAUUUUGUUUAUUCAUGCGGAUAGGAUCACUCUCUAUCCAAUUUAUCUCCCCAUCAUUACCACAUACGCACACCUAAAAAUGAAAACAAAAACAAUACAGAGGGACCAGUAAUCUAACUACCCUGCUUGUUCCGCACCGAGCCCAUCCAUUCUCAGCCCUCCUCUACCUUCUUGUUCACUCUCAAACAACUGCGACAUAGUGCGUGGAGAACUCCGUUUCAUCGCAUCAUCUCAUAUAACCCAAAACCACAUGUACCAUUCUCUAUUUUCGUUUUUGAAAACUCAAAAAUUUCACUACUUUUCUCCUCUCCUGCUAAAGUCACUCCCCUUUUUUAAAACGCAUAUAUUCUUUAUCAUGGCCGUCUGCUCGUUCUUGAACAACAGUCUGAGCCUUACUUCCUGGAAUCGCACAAAAAUUAGUUAGCAUUUAGACAACUGUCGCCAGUUUUCGAGUCUCACUUGUA